UGAACUCAAGCGCCGCUGCCAUGUUUCCAGCAUGAAAAACCUUUGAUUUGCGCAACGCCGGGUCGGUACGGAGGCCCCCUAGCUCAGCCUCCCAGCUCAGGCGCGUAAGGUUCCCAUCGGGCACAUUGCAAAUUGUACACAAUCAUUAUGGCGGAUCAGGAUGGGCGAGGAGUAGAAAUGGAGAGUGAGGACCCGGUGCUGUCUGAGACUUUAAGCGAAGGGGAUGCCGCGUCCUGCGAUCAAGCCUCCAAGACAGACGGUGAAAACUCCGCAUCUCAGGACACCGCUGUCAGUAACGGGGGCGACGGCGACGGCGCCGAUGACGAAGGGAAAGAGAUGGUGGACUUGAAAGUUAUUUGGAACAAGAACAAGUACGAUCUAAAAUUUCCUUUGGAUGGAACGGGAGCCAAACUGAAGGAAAGAAUUCAUUCACUCACAGGUCUUCCGCCUGCUAUGCAAAAAGUCAUGUACAAAGGACUGCUUCCCGAGGACAAGACUCUGCGGGAAAUUAAAGUAACAAACGGUGCAAAAAUAAUGGUAGUGGGUUCUACAAUUAAUGAUGUCCUAGCAGUAAACACACCUAAAGAAGUUAUUCAGCAAGAAGUAAAGGCAGAGGAAAAUAAAAAGGAGCCUUUAUGUCGACAAAAGCAACACAGAAAAGUACUGGAUAAAGGAAAACCUGAAGAUGUAAUGCCAUCAAUAAAAGGAGCAAAGGAGCGCUUACCAACAGUGCCUUUAUCAGGAAUGUACAACAAAUCGGGCGGGAAGGUGAGACUCACAUUCAAACUGGAGCAAGACCAGCUGUGGAUCGGAACCAAGGAGAGAACGGAGAAGAUUCCCAUGGGCUCCAUUAAGAAUGUGGUCACUGAACCAAUAGAAGGUCACGAGGACUAUCACAUGAUGGCGUUUCAGCUGGGUCCAACGGAAGCGUCUCAAUACUGGGUCUACUGGGUGCCUGCGCAGUUUGUCGACGCAAUCAAAGACACAGUCCUUGGAAAGUGGCAGUAUUUUUAAAACGUGCCUCCCCCCCUCCUCCUGAUACAGAACAAAUCCAGGAAAGAAACAUGAGAGAAAUGAAGUCGUCAAAAGUGACGGUGAGCAGCCCCCCCCCUCCCCCCCCAAGGAACUUUUCACUAUGAAACUGAAAUGAGAGGAAAAGAACGGAGAGAGCAGGACUACUGCGGAACGCACUGCAUUCUGGGAGCGGGUGGUGGCAGUGUCCUUUUCUUGGCUGAUGUCAUCACUUCUUUUCUUUUUCUUUUUUUAUUUUGUUUUAAAGCAAACCUGGCAAGGAAACUAAAAGUAUAUAUAGGGUGUGGAUUCCCUCCCAGGUAUUGACAAAUAAAGCUUAUUUAAGAAAAAAAACUGAAACUAAAAAGAGCUCUAGGACAUUACCAUGGGGUAUAUUUAUUUCUGUAUCACUACCCAAGCAAGCUUGCCAAAGUGUAUUAAAGAUUGGCCUGUAUUAGAUUAAUCUUUGCUCAUCAGCCAAACAAAGACUGGGUGUGACUUGGCAUUUAAAUCGGCUGCCACAGUACAGGAUGUCUGCAUUUUAAGCCGUAAUAUUCAGUAAGCUGACAGUCAACUAUGGGAACUGUGCGUCACAGGGACACACAGAUUAGUCUGUCUGUAUAGUUCGCAAUGCUGUCAUUUAUGUGGGAAAACUGGUUAUUGCUUUUAUAGGAAAGCAAAACUAAAUAGCGCAUUUUACUGCAAGAUAACUUGACCUCGUCUUGCCACUUGAGUUUCGAAACCAUUAAUCGCCCUUCGGGAUUAGCUUAGGGAGGUAACCUUUCUAAAAAUCGUUUUGUUACAGUUUUGUAUUUUCAAGCAUAGUCGCGAGGAACGUCCGCCAUGUAGCGAAGCUGGUUUGUGCUGUUGACUGAUGAAGGGAGUGACUUCUCGUAAGUGGGCCGUCCUUAUUAUUUGUAAAUCUAAUGCAUGUCAUAAGACCUCAGAUGACUGACCUUUCGACGGAGUUCACCUUCUUAACGCCAAACUAAAAAAGGGCGCAGGAGGUCAGUUUCUUUGACGCGCAUCACACGUUUUGCGCUCGCCCCAAAUCGGCAAAAAAAUAUGUUGUGAAAUUUAGUACUCUCGAAUCCGUGAAAUUUAGUACUCUCGGGAAUGAAGAACAAAGCACCAUGGCAGUUGGAUAACUGCCCGACGGUCCUGUUUGCCAGGAUGCUUAAUCUAAAAUGGAGGCGGCAAUGCAGUUGUGAGUCCGUGCGGUUUCAUGAACUCCGUAAUGGAGGGAGCGGCAGGCAGCUGUCCAUCACUGACUUGCCUGAUGUAGUCCCAUCCAUAGUAAAAUUGCAAAGUCCCGCUCUCCGACCAGGGUCGGAAAAGGUGCAGUUAGGCUUGCAUUUCGCACAUUCCUCUGGCUUGAUAAACCCAGGUGCAGUGUUAAUUAACGCCGUUUUGGAUCAAAAAGCAGUCAGCUGACCAGGCGGUUCUAGGAUGUUUUAAUGGACAUUUAGUUCAUUUCAAGCUACUGUCUGCUAAUGGCUGCCGCUGUCUCUGUGAUUCGACACUUUUGCAUCCUGAGUUCGACCUGACCGAUCUGCUGCACCGACUCGUAACUCUUUGUAAUGGAAAGAGUCGCUUAAUUUGCUAAGCGUGGCUUUGAUUUGGACUACGCAGUCUUCGCUCGGUAAUGUGGUGAAGUUUUAGUUUUGAGAACCUGCCGACGUUUCCUCGUCUGAUUUCGGGGUUUCGAGCUGCAGUGGGUUUCAGUGGAUGCGGAAGGGUUGGUCACUUUUUUAAAAAGCUUGAAUUUCAAAUUCUGAAUCCAGCCACUAUAAACGAUCUUUUUUUUAUUUGAAAUACUCUGAUUUUAGGAGUACCUUUGAGAGAUGGCCAGGUUUAUGCAGAAGAUCUCUGUUCAGUUUAUUUAUGAAGGGUGUACGCCAAUGUGUUUCAUGCAAACCUUUCAUGUGAUCUAUGUAAGAGGUGGGCAUGUAGCAUUAAUACCCGUCCUAUAUAAUGGUAUGUUAAACCUCUCGUUAUUAUAAUGAUGUACUAAGAUUCCAGGCCUUUCACAGUCAGUUCCUUGGACAUUUUCUAAUUAAUAUAUAGGAAGAAUAUUCAAAUUUAUGAUUAUAUUUCCAGAGAUUAUAAUAUAUGUUAGCACCAUUUCAAAAGUCAAAGUUAAAGACUUCUUAAAUAAUCCAGCUGUGAUGCUCUAAGCACACAGGCCUCAUUUCCCGCCCUUAUAUUUAUGAAUAGGCCUCCGUUUACCUCUCACAGUGUAGUUUGUCCCUCGGUUUGAAUAACAUUUUACUUUGUUACUGAAAGGAUCUCUCCUGAGUUCAGCGGUUGCUCAGUUGUUUUGAAAAUGUGCACAGUGAUAAAGUUUGGCACUUAAAUGAGUUUUUGAGUGUAAGAGCAAAUCAUUUUCAGUUUAGUUUGAAUCCUCCUCCCCCCCCCCCCCCCACAUUGGUUUGAACAAAAUUAGAACAACGAGGACAUUACACCCUCUUAUUCACAUUUGGUAACAAACCAGGUUGAAUAGGUGUACUUUUAUUUUGAAAUGAUCCCUCUUUGCAUUCCCGUAGAAAUCCAACAGCAUUUUCCCAUAAUGACAGCUGUAUCAUAACAAGUGCACAAUGACGGCUAAAUUAUAACAGGUGCACAAUGACAGCUAUAUAUAAUGUGCACAAUGAUGACUACAUCACAAGAAGCGCACAACAACGACUACAUUAUACCAAGUGCACUCUGAGGGUUGUGAAUAUCAUCGGAUCUUGUUUCUCUAUGACAUAAGCUAGCCUUGCUAAAGGAAUCCAGAGUUCAGGCUUAACAUCUGGCUGUUGCUGUCUGUUAGCACAGGACUCAAAACUGAUGUUUAGUCAAGUAUUAAAAUUCAACAGCCAUUAAUCACUGAUAUUAAAUUGUUCUGUGGUAUGAAAAAAAUAAAAACUAUUUAUUUGUAUGAACAGCUUUAAUACUAUUUAUUAGUGAUAGCUUGGUCUUUAAGAACACUGUUAAAUGGAUCGAUUCCUUCCUUCCUGACGGGCUCCUGCUGAAUGCACACCCAGUAUUGUACGGCCCAUCCGGUGUGUCUCUUAGGUACAGUAAACAUGUAGCAGCGGGCCGAGGUGUUUUUACAGAAGUGUCCCGGUAGCCACACCUCCUGCUCACUUCUCAUUGGCCAAAGAACAGCGUCAGCUCUGCUCCGUCUUACUAACGGACGAAGUCGCCGUCAGCGAGCAGCACCUCGCGUGGGUCAUCUCUCACGCUCAUAGCUACGUUUCGUCGAGUAAUAUGAUUUUUAUUAUUUUUUCAGAGCCAAUUCACUUGCACAUGGAUGUUUACCAUCAGAAACCUUAUAUUGUUAUUUUGAAUUAAAUUUUUAUUUUUUUUAAUUCAAAAUAACAUAAAUUUUUUUUAUUUUUUUUUGCAUUCUGCUCAUAUAAACAUUGCAUACAGAGUAGCCAACUGGCAGUUAUGAAAUAUUAUUUGUUCAUCAUCCUUUUCCUGGCUCUACUAACUAUGGGCUGACUGAGUGCCAUUACCUAGGGGAGGUGAUAUAAAAAGAAGGCAUCUUUUGUAGUUUACAUUCACGUGUGCAUUCGGAGCAGUAAAAUGGCUGUAAAAUGGGAUUGUUCGAACAGCUCAGUUGAUGUGCACUGCUGGACAUAACAGAAUAAACUACUUUUGUUUUA